AUGAUUUCAGAUAAGUACGCAUCGCCUCGCUCCUUGUUGCUCCCUGUGUUAGGCGGUCGCAUUCUAACGGAUGACUCGAUCAACAGGUAUAUCGGCCUGUUGUUGGCCAUCCUUUCUACGAUGGCCAUUGGCACGAGCUUCGUCAUCACCAAAAUAGGUCUAAAUCACGCUACAGAACGACAUGGAUUCGAAGGUGAAGGGUUCUCAUACCUGAAAAGCCCAACGUGGUGGGUUGGAGUCAGUACCUGUACGGAACAGCCGCAUUUGAAGAAUCGCGAAGGAGAAGCUGACAACUUCGCAGUGGCUAUUGGGGAGGCCGCCAACUUUGCGGCAUAUGCAUUUGCACCAGCCAUCCUAGUGACACCCCUUGGUGCGCUUAGUGUUUUGAUUGGCGCUGUCCUAGGGUCUUAUUUCCUCAAAGAAAGGCUUGGCGUUUUGGGAAAACUGGGCUGCGCUAUGUGCUUGCUUGGAUCAGUGGUUAUCGUCCUACAUGCGCCGCCGGAUCAGCCAGUUGAUACGAUUGACGAAAUUUUGCAAUAUGCGCUCCAGCCUGGAUUUCUGAUAUACUGCCUUGCUGUCGCGAUAUUCGCGACUGUCAUGAUUUACCGAGUCGCCCCUAUAUACGGGAAGAGGAAUCCGCUGAUCUAUAUUUCGAUCUGCUCCACCGUUGGUUCUGUUUCCGUCAUGUCUGUUAAAGCUUUCGGCAUUGCCCUGAAGCUUACCCUAGGGGGCCACAACCAAUUCACCCAUGCUUCGACAUACGUGUUCCUCAUCGUUACCGCCUUCUGCAUUCUCACGCAGAUGAACUACUUCAACAAGGCCUUGAACGAGUUCUCCACCUCGAUCGUCAAUCCCUUGUACUAUGUCACAUUCACCACCGCCACACUCUGCGCCUCAUUCAUCUUGUUCAAAGGAUUCAAUACAACGGAUGCCGUCAAUACCAUUUCGCUACUCUGCGGUUUUCUGAUUAUAUUCUCCGGGGUCUAUCUCCUGAACAUCUCAAGAAACGAUCCAGACGGACAUUCGAUGAAUGCGAAAUAUGACGAUGAAGGUGUUCCCACAGACGGAAUUGCAGGGUUUCAAACUCGUCGGUCGAUGCAGGCGCGCAGGAGCGGCGAACCGCAUCGCCGAAGUUCUUCGAGCAUUGCCUUCCUGAGCGGACGUGGUGACCGGGAAGGUCUUAUCCGCUCUUACGACGUCGAGAACCAAAAUUUUGGGCUCUCUGAGUUGACCGAAGAAAGUGAUGGAGAACCCGGCCCCACGUUCAAAAGGAGCGAGGAGGUAGAUCGCACAUCCCAAUCACGGAAGAAGAACGACGAUCUAUAG